AUGAUGAGAACAACAACUGCAUUUCUGGCCGUUGCGAUUUUUCUCGGAACAUUUUGUUACUUACUUUUCUAUUCCUGCGAGACUCAAGAAACUUUGGACGUUCGAAUUAAAGCCAGCGGAAUUUCGAGAGAAGAAGAGAAAAUCAUUUCGGACGCAAUUUUCGAGGAAGAAAAAAUUGAAGAUUUUCAGCUGAAAAAAUGGGACAGAAGCAAAUCUAUUGGAUUUUUACAUUGUGGAAAAUGUGGCGGUACAUCUAUGGACAGAACGUUGGGUCCUGUUGUGAGGAAAUUAUCGACCAGAGAGGACGAUAAAUAUAUCGGAAAUUUGCACUACGAUUGGUCAUAUUUUGAGCUUUUUGAAAAAGACUCUGUUGAGCCGAUUAUUUUGUUAAGAGAUCCAGUUGAAAGGUCAGUGUCGAAUUAUCACUUCAAAAAGACGAUUCCUGCCGUCGCAAAAAGCAAGCAACCGACCUACGUAAAAUUCAUGAAGAGCACUUUCGACACGUUUCUUGAGCAGCCAGAGGUCAUGGUCGAUUUUGCACACUUGUGGAUCGACAGUUUUGCCGGCUUGUCGAUGAUUGACGGACUCAUGUCGGAUGAUUACUACGGAACAUCGACGCGAAAAAUUUACAAAAACGAUCGGGAAAAAAUGGAUCAAAUUUUCCGCGAUCGGGAAUUGAUGAGACUGAAUGCUACUUGGUCCCUGAAUUUGGCUGCAGACAGACUUGAGAAUAUGGGCUGGUUUGGAAUUCUGGAGAAAAUGGAAGACUCCGAAAAGCUUUUAUCAAAUUAUAUUGGAGAAAACAUCAAGUUGGCGCAUGCUCGAAAGACCGCAGAUUUGACCGGGCGAAAACCAAAGGCGUCUGAUUCAGUUCUUGAAAAAUUAAACGCUCUCAAACCGCUUAACAAAUGGCUUUACGAAUUCGCGAAUCGGCUCUUUGAUGCUCGAGUCGAAUUCUUCAAAACAGGAGUUUACAAACGACCCGUUCGGAAACCCAUGCCAGAGAUGAGCUGCCUCUGCACUCGGCUGAUUAUGUACUGCGCUGGCGGAGAACUGGACUUUUGGAUAAGCGAAGAAGCGCCCGAAGGAUACGAAAUGUUGUUCUGGAAUUACCUGAGAGCGUUGGGAGUUCAAGUUCCGAAUGAUAAACUGCCAAGUUCCGAAAAAUCUUUCAGCCUCGAAUUUCUAUAA